UAUAGCCGCAUACUCUUACCACCACAAAACCAAAACUUCCUCCUUCCACACUCAAUGGAAUAUUUGAAUUAUUAAUUUCUUCAUCAUUUAAUCCCGUUUGAUCAAGCUAGCUCUUCUUAAUUCUUAUCCCCUCUAGAUCUAUCAACUUCUGUUCUUGUUAAUUCUUCAUCUUCUUCUCCACCAACUUACACAUUUUUUUUUCAUGGAUGAUAUUGAAGUUCCUCAGUAUUUCGUCUGCCCAAUAUCUCUUCAGAUCAUGCAAGACCCUGUGACGGCCAUUACCGGCAUCACAUAUGACCGGUACAGCAUCGAGCACUGGCUUUUCCAGAGCAAGAACACCACAUGCCCCGUCACUAAACAGCCUCUCCCAAGAGACUCAGAAUUAACUCCUAACCACACCUUACGCCGCUUAAUUCAGGCUUGGUGCACUGACAAUGCGUCUCAUGGCAUUGAUCGAAUACCAACCCCGAAACCGCCUCUGGAUAAGGCUCAAGUCCUUAAGCUCCUCAAGGACUUCUGGAACCCUAAGCUCCAACUGAAAAUCAUUCGAAAAAUCGAGUUCCUCGCGACCGAAAGUGAAGGGAAUAGGAAGUACUUGGUUGACGCUGGGGUAGCUAAGGCCAUCUUGUUGUUCAUCGCAAACAGGUGUUAUAAGGAAGGUCUGGUUGAUGGCCUUGAAGAAGCCCUUAGCAUACUUCACUUUGUCCAGAUUUCAUCUGAAGAACUGUGUCUUCUUUUCAUGGAAAACGAUCAGAUUAUCGAUUCGUUGACGUGGGUUUUUGGUUGCAAAUUGCAGAAUCAAAUCGCGGUGAGCACACAUGCAGUCUUGGUACUAAAAUCGAUGAUCCAAAAGGCACACUCAAGUGUGCUAGAAACUCUGAACCCUGAUUUCUUCAAGAAACUUGUUGGGGUUUUGAGAAACGGAAUUACGCAACAAGGGACAAACGCAGCUCUACAUAUCAUGUUAGACGCUUGUCCAUGGGAAAGAAACCGAAUCAAGAUGGUCGACGCUGGGGCGGUUUACGAGCUCAUUGAGCUUGAGUUUGAAGCACCUGAAAAGAAAACCACAGAGCUCAUUUUGGGAAUAUUGUUUCACAUGUGUUCUUGUUUUGAUGGGUGGGCUCAGUUUCUGAGCCACAAAGGAGGCAUCUGUGUUGUGUCGAAGAGACUCUUGAGGGUUUCGCCGUCUGCAGACGACCGAGCCAUUUUGAUCUUUUCUUUGAUCUGCAAGUACUCAGGAACCAACAUAGUGCUUCAGGAAAUGUUGGAGGUUGGAGCUGUGUCUAGGCUUUGCACUUUGCUCCAAAUUGACUGCGCUCCAUACUUGAAAGACAAAGCAGGAAUAUUAUCAAGGGUCUGCCCAAUAUCUCUUCAGAUCAUGCAAGACCCUGUGACGGCCAUUACCGGCAUCACAUAUGACCGGUACAGCAUCGAGCACUGGCUUUUCCAGAGCAAGAACACCACAUGCCCCGUCACUAAACAGCCUCUCCCAAGAGACUCAGAAUUAACUCCUAACCACACCUUACGCCGCUUAAUUCAGGCUUGGUGCACUGACAAUGCGUCUCAUGGCAUUGAUCGAAUACCAACCCCGAAACCGCCUCUGGAUAAGGCUCAAGUCCUUAAGCUCCUCAAGGACUUCUGGAACCCUAAGCUCCAACUGAAAAUCAUUCGAAAAAUCGAGUUCCUCGCGACCGAAAGUGAAGGGAAUAGGAAGUACUUGGUUGACGCUGGGGUAGCUAAGGCCAUCUUGUUGUUCAUCGCAAACAGGUGUUAUAAGGAAGGUCUGGUUGAUGGCCUUGAAGAAGCCCUUAGCAUACUUCACUUUGUUCGGAUUUCAUCCGAAGAACUAAGUCUUCUUUUCAUGGAAAACGAUCAGAUUAUCGAUUCGUUGACGUGGGUUUUUGGUUGCAAAUUGCAGAAUCAAAUCGCGGUGAGCACACAUGCAGUCUUGGUACUAAAAUCGAUGAUCCAAAAGGCACACUCAAGUGUGCUAGAAACUCUGAACCCUGAUUUCUUCAAGAAACUUGUUGGGGUUUUGAGAAACGGAAUUACGCAACAAGGGACAAACGCAGCUCUACAUAUCAUGUUAGACGCUUGUCCAUGGGGAAGAAACCGAGUCAAGAUGGUCGACGCCGGGGCGGUUUACGAGCUCAUUGAGCUUGAGUUUGAAGCACCUGAAAAGAAAACCACAGAGCUCAUUUUGGGAAUAUUGUUUCACAUGUGUUCUUGUUUUGAUGGGUGGGCUCAGUUUCUGAGCCACAAAGGAGGCAUCUGUGUUGUGUCGAAGAGACUUGAAUUCCUAAAACUGGUAAGUUAUUGA